GUGGCGGGAGGGCGCGGUUCUCGCGAUUCCCCCCUUCCAAGCACGGAGAGACCCUGUUCCCGGCUCCCACCCCAAACCGUCCUGGGACGAGGAGCGGUAAUUGGGAGGGAGAGGGGACGACUGCGGCGCGUCCCGGUCUCCCAUGACCGGCCAGAUAAAGCUACGUGGGGACGCCCUGCUACCGUCUGUCUUCUUCCCUAUGGUCCUGUAGACUGAAGACUUAAAUCCAAGGUCAUGGCAAAACAUCUGAAGUUCAUUGCCAGAACUGUGAUGGUACAGGAAGGGAAUGUGGAAGGUGCAUACAGGACCCUAAACAGAAUCCUUACCAUGGAUGGGCUCAUUGAGGACAUAAAGCGACGGCGAUACUACGAGAAGCCUUGCCGCCGGCGACAGAGGGAAAGCUAUGAAACCUGCCGGCGAAUCUACAACAUGGAAAUGGCUCGCAAGAUCAACUUCUUGAUGCGAAAGAAUCGGGCGGAUCCGUGGCAGGGCUGCUGAGGCCUGUGGAUAGGAGGCCCCAUGUGAAAAUCCUUAUCCAGCUGUCUCCACCUCUUUUCUUUCUCCCACCCCAUUUUCUCUUACCUUUCUUACAAUAAACUCACAUAUAUGCAAGAAGGCCUGCAUAUAUAGAAGCAGUCCCACUAGUCAGCAAUAGACACUUUCUUGUAUUAAGUCAAAGAGAAACCGAGUCCAAAAGUAGUCUGGGAGUAGAAUGGUGGUUGCCAAGGGCUGGUGUUGGGAGGAGGGGAAUGGGAAAUUAUUGUUUAAUGAGAGCAGAGUUUCAGUUUGGGAAGAUGAAAAAGUUCUGGAGGUGGAUAGUGGUGAGACUUGCACAACAACGUGAAUGUACUUAAUGCCACUGAACUGUACACUUAAAUGAUUAAAAUGUUAAAUUUUA